UGUCGGGUGUAAAUCUUAUGUUUAGUUUUGCGUACUUGUAUAUAUUGCGAUAUAAUACAAUUUUUAGCCACCCGCUGCCGUACCAUCUCCGGCUCAGCAGUUGGAGGAGAAGUGGAAACAACUACAGUCGAAAAGAUAUGCAGAAAAAAGGAAAUUUGGCGUGGUAGAUUCACAAAAAGAGGAGAUGCCACCAGAACACGUUCGAAAGAUUAUUCGCGACCAUGGUGACAUGACGUCACGAAAAUUCAGACACGAUAAACGUGUUUAUUUGGGAGCUUUGAAGUACAUGCCGCAUGCGGUUCUAAAGCUUCUCGAGAACAUGCCCAUGCCAUGGGAGCAGAUCAGGGAUGUUAAGGUUCUGUACCAUAUCACCGGGGCUAUUUCUUUCGUAAACGAAACCCCUCGUGUCAUAGAACCAGUAUAUCUUGCUCAAUGGGGCACAAUGUGGAUCAUGAUGAGGCGAGAAAAGAGGGAUCGUCGCCAUUUCAAGCGUAUGAGAUUCCCGCCAUUUGAUGACGAGGAACCGCCUCUUGAUUAUGCUGACAACAUACUUGAUGUAGAACCUCUCGAACCUAUUCAAAUGGAUUUGGAUCCCGAAGAAGACCAGACAGUUGCCGAAUGGUUCUAUGAUCAUAAGCCACUAGCUAGCACAAGAUUUGUUAAUGGCCCAACGUAUAGACGUUGGGCGUUCAGUAUACCUAUUAUGGCUACCCUAUAUCGCCUUGCUAAUCAGCUCCUCACCGAUCUCACCGAUGACAACUAUUAUUAUCUAUUUGAUCUUAAGUCAUUCUUUACUGCCAAAGCGCUUAAUGUGGCGAUUCCUGGUGGACCAAAAUUUGAACCACUGAUAAAGGACAUUAAUCUUGAUGAGGACUGGAAUGAGUUCAACGACAUCAAUAAAGUCAUCAUUAGAGCACCAAUACGCACAGAGUAUCGCAUCGCAUUCCCAUAUAUGUACAACAAUCUUGUAAAUGCUCUUCCAGUUCAAGUAUCUUGGUACCAUACACCUUCAGUGGUAUACAUCAAAACAGAGGAUCCCGAUCUUCCAGCGUUUUACUUCGAUCCAUUAAUCAAUCCAAUUGCUGUUAGUGGAUUAGAUAAGACUGUGGAACAUUUACCUGAUGACAAUGAAAUGGAUGAAUUUGAGCUUCCUGAAGAAGUGACACCAAUUUUUGAAGAGGUCCCACUAUACACUGACAACACUGGUAAUGGAAUGGCCUUACUUUGGGCACCUCGCCCGUUCAAUAUUCGUUCUGGCCGUACAAGGAGGACUAUCGACGUACCUGUUGUGAAGACGUGGUAUCGGGAACAUUGCCCAGCUGGAAUGCCCGUGAAAGUACGCGUAUCUUACCAAAAACUGUUAAAAGUGUUUGUGUUAAACGCACUUAAACAUCGUCCGCCAAAGCCACAAAAGCGUCGAUACUUGUUCCGCUCUUUUAAAUCUACAAAGUUCUUCCAAACAACCACGCUAGACUGGGUGGAAGCGGGAUUACAGGUGCUUCGCCAAGGAUACAACAUGCUAAACCUUCUUAUUCAUCGUAAGAAUUUGAACUACCUUCAUCUUGAUUACAACUUCAACCUUAAGCCAGUGAAGACGUUGACAACGAAAGAACGAAAAAAGUCACGUUUUGGUAACGCCUUUCAUUUAUGUCGUGAAAUUUUGCGAUUAGCAAAAUUAGUUGUUGAUGCGCAUGUACAAUACAGACUUAACAAUGUCGACGCAUAUCAACUUGCUGAUGGUCUGCAGUACAUUUUUGCACACGUGGGUCAACUGACUGGAAUGUACCGUUACAAAUAUAAACUUAUGCGACAGGUGCGAAUGUGUAAAGAUUUGAAGCAUAUAAUCUAUUACCGUUUUAACACCGGAGCUGUUGGUAAGGGACCUGGGUGUGGUUUUUGGGCGCCAGGAUGGCGUGUCUGGUUGUUCUUUUUGAGAGGAAUCACACCUCUUUUGGAGAGAUGGCUUGGAAAUCUGUUGUCAAGACAGUUCGAAGGUCGUCAUUCAAAAGGAGUGGCAAAGACGGUUACUAAGCAGCGAGUGGAGUCUCACUUUGACCUGGAGUUAAGGGCUGCCGUGAUGCAUGAUAUCCUUGAUAUGAUGCCAGAAGGUAUUAAACAGAAUAAGGCUCGUGUUAUUCUACAACAUCUCAGUGAAGCGUGGCGUUGUUGGAAAGCAAAUAUCCCUUGGAAAGUGCCUGGUCUUCCUACUCCAGUCGAAAACAUGAUCCUUCGGUAUGUGAAGGCGAAGGCAGAUUGGUGGACUAACUCAGCCCAUUAUAACAGAGAACGUGUUCGUCGUGGUGCUACUGUUGAUAAGACUGUGUGCAAGAAAAAUUUGGGAAGGUUGACUCGGUUGUACCUAAAGGCCGAGCAAGAACGUCAGCAUAACUAUUUGAAAGAUGGGCCCUAUAUAUCUGCAGAAGAAGCAGUGGCUAUAUAUACAACAACUGUGCAUUGGUUGGAAUCUCGCCGAUUCUCUCCGAUUCCUUUCCCGCCUCUUUCUUACAAGCACGAUACUAAAUUGUUGAUUCUUGCCUUAGAACGUUUGAAGGAAGCGUACAGUGUCAAAAACCGUCUUAAUCAGUCGCAGAGGGAGGAAUUAGCACUAAUCGAACAAGCGUACGACAAUCCACAUGAGGCACUUUCUCGUAUCAAGCGUCAUAUGCUAACGCAAAGAGCUUUCAAAGAGGUUGGGAUUGAAUUCAUGGACCUUUACACACAUCUAAUUCCUGUGUAUGACAUAGAACCUCUGGAAAAAGUGACAGACGCGUAUUUGGAUCAGUACUUGUGGUAUGAAGCUGAUAAAAGAAGGUUGUUCCCGUCAUGGGUGAAACCUGGUGACACUGAACCACCCCCAUUGUUGGUAUACAAAUGGUGCCAAGGAAUUAAUAAUCUUCAGGAUGUUUGGGAGACAGGAGAAGGUUGGUUUCUAGCAUAUUUUAUAUUAGAAGAUGGAUCUUACGUUGCUCAACAGAUUUUUAGGUUGAUUGUAGAUCACAAUAUUGCUGACUACAUGUCUUCUAAAAACAAUGUUUUAAUCAACUAUAAAGACAUGAAUCAUACAAACUCUUUCGGAAUCAUUCGAGGUCUUCAAUUUGCAUCUUUUAUAGUGCAGUACUAUGGGCUAGUCCUGGAUCUUCUUAUCCUUGGUCUGCGUCGCGCUUCGGAAAUUGCUGGUCCUCCACAAUGUCCCAAUGAGUUUCUGACUAUGAAUUUUCUGAUUUCUAUAAUUUUUUUUUCUCUAGGAUAUUGCUACCGAAACUGUCCAUCCAAUCCGCCUGAUCUGGAUAAUGUUCAGGUAUUUUUCGUGUUCACUGCGGAUGAAGCACGCGACCUCAUACAGCGCUAUUUAACUGAGCAUCCAGAUCCCAAUAACGAAAAUAUAGUGGGAUACAAUAACAAAAAAUGUUGGCCAAGAGAUGCAAGAAUGCGUUUGAUGAAGCAUGACGUUAACCUCGGCAGAGCAGUGUUUUGGGACAUUAAGAAUCGGCUACCCCGAUCAGUGACCACAAUUGAGUGGGAGAACGCCUUCGUGUCAGUGUACAGUAAGGAUAACCCUAAUUUACUCUUUGAUAUGGCUGGAUUUGAAUGUCGCAUCUUGCCUAAGUGUCGCACAACUGCUGAAGAAAUCACUCAUCGUGACGGAGUUUGGAACCUACAAAAUGAGGUCACCAAAGAACGAACAGCUCAGUGUUUUUUGAAAGUUGAUGAAGAAUCGAUGUCGAAAUUCCACAACCGGAUUCGUCAAAUUCUCAUGUCGUCUGGAUCAACAACGUUCACAAAGAUUGUCAAUAAAUGGAAUACAGCUCUUAUUGGACUCAUGACCUAUUACAGGGAGGCCGUUGUAAACACACAAGAACUGUUGGAUCUCCUAGUUAAAUGCGAGAAUAAAAUCCAAACACGUAUCAAGAUCGGCUUGAACUCUAAAAUGCCAGCUCGAUUUCCACCUGUUGUGUUUUAUACACCAAAAGAAAUUGGUGGACUGGGUAUGUUGUCUAUGGGUCAUGUGCUGAUUCCACAGAGUGAUCUACGGUGGAUGCAACAGACUGAUACGGGCGGCAUCACACAUUUCCGUUCUGGAAUGACCCAUGACGAGGAUCAAUUAAUUCCCAAUUUGUACCGCUACAUUCAGCCAUGGGAGGCAGAAUUUAUCGACUCACAACGUGUGUGGGCUGAGUAUGCGCUGAAGCGUCAGGAAGCGAAUGCACAGAAUCGCCGCCUUACGCUUGAAGACCUUGAUGAUUCUUGGGAUCGUGGCAUUCCGCGUAUCAACACACUGUUCCAGAAAGAUCGACAUACACUAGCAUACGACAAGGGUUGGCGUGUGAGGACGGAGUUCAAGGCGUAUCAGAUUUUAAAGCAGAAUCCAUUCUGGUGGACUCACCAGCGCCAUGAUGGUAAACUGUGGAACUUGAACAAUUACCGCACAGAUAUGAUACAAGCCUUGGGCGGUGUUGAAGGAAUUCUCGAGCACACAUUGUUCAGAGGCACUUACUUCCCUACAUGGGAAGGUCUAUUUUGGGAGCGAGCUUCUGGUUUCGAAGAGUCGAUGAAAUUCAAGAAACUGACGAAUGCUCAGCGAUCUGGUUUAAAUCAGAUUCCGAAUCGUCGGUUCACAUUGUGGUGGUCCCCAACCAUCAAUAGAGCUAAUGUCUACGUCGGUUUCCAAGUGCAACUUGAUCUCACUGGUAUUUUCAUGCACGGAAAGAUUCCAACUCUUAAGAUCUCGCUGAUUCAAAUUUUCCGUGCCCACUUGUGGCAGAAAAUUCAUGAAUCUGUCGUUAUGGAUUUAUGUCAAGUUUUCGACCAAGAAUUGGACGCCCUCGAGAUCCAGACUGUACAGAAAGAGACGAUUCACCCAAGGAAAUCGUACAAAAUGAACAGUUCCUGCGCUGAUAUACAGCUGUUUGCUCAGUAUAAGUGGAAUGUAUCUCGUCCGUCAUUAAUGGCUGAUAGCAAGGAUGUAAUGGAUAGUACGACAACACAGAAGUAUUGGAUUGAUGUUCAACUCCGAUGGGGUGAUUAUGACUCUCAUGACAUUGAGCGAUAUGCUAGAGCCAAGUUCCUAGACUACACAACCGAUAAUAUGUCUAUUUAUCCAUCACCCACUGGUCUUCUGAUUGCAAUGGAUUUAGCAUAUAAUUUAUACAGUGCCUACGGGAAUUGGUUUCCUGGAAUGAAGCCGCUUAUUCGACAGGCUAUGGCGAAGAUCAUUAAAGCAAAUCCUGCUUUCUAUGUGCUACGUGAGCGCAUACGUAAAGGAUUGCAACUUUAUAGUUCAGAACCAACCGAGCCGUAUCUUACUAGUCAAAACUAUGGAGAGUUAUUCUCUAAUCAAAUAAUCUGGUUUGUUGAUGACACCAAUGUAUACCGUGUUACCAUCCACAAGACCUUCGAAGGUAACUUGACCACAAAACCCAUUAACGGUGCAAUCUUUAUUUUUAACCCGCGAACUGGUCAACUAUUUCUCAAGAUCAUUCACACAUCAGUGUGGGCGGGACAGAAACGCCUAAGUCAGUUGGCCAAGUGGAAGACCGCAGAAGAGGUAGCCGCUCUUAUUAGAUCGCUACCUGUAGAAGAACAACCUCGUCAAAUUAUAGUUACAAGAAAAGCCAUGUUGGAUCCUCUGGAAGUGCACCUUCUCGAUUUUCCGAAUAUUGUCAUCAAAGGUUCGGAGUUGAUGUUACCGUUCCAAGCGAUCAUGAAGGUCGAGAAGUUUGGUGAUUUGAUUCUCAAAGCGACAGAGCCCCAAAUGGUGCUGUUUAAUUUGUAUGAUGACUGGCUGAAGACUAUAUCGAGUUAUACUGCUUUCUCACGAGUGAUCCUAAUUAUGCGUGGUAUGCAUAUUAAUCCGGAUAAAACGAAGGUGAUUUUGAAACCUGACAAAACAACGGUUACGGAGCCACAUCACAUUUGGCCCUCACUUAUUGACGAGGAGUGGAUCAAGGUGGAGCUUGCUCUAAAGGACAUGAUUCUGGCCGAUUACGGCAAAAAGAAUAAUGUGAAUGUUGCUUCGUUGACACAAUCCGAAGUAAGAGAUAUCAUCCUUGGAAUGGAAAUCAGUGCUCCAAGUCAACAGCGACAACAAAUCGCUGACAUUGAGAAGCAAACAAAAGAGCAGAGUCAGGUGACAGCUACUACUACUCGGACAGUGAACAAGCACGGAGAUGAGAUAAUUACCGCCACUACUUCUAACUAUGAAGCCGCUACGUUUGCCAGUCGUACAGAGUGGCGAAUCCGUGCCAUAUCUGCUACGAAUUUGCAUUUAAGAACUCAGCAUAUUUAUGUAAGCUCAGACGACGUAAAAGAUACAGGAUUUACUUACAUUUUACCCAAGAAUGUCUUAAAAAAGUUUAUCACUAUCUCGGACUUGAGAACUCAGAUUGGAGGCUUUCUCUAUGGUGUUUCACCGGCGGAUAAUCCUCAAGUUAAAGAAAUUCGGUGUGUGGUAUUAGUGCCUCAGACAGGGAACCACCAGCAAGUACAGUUCCCCUCCAAUUUGCCCCAACAUGAGCUCCUAAAGGACUUUGAACCUCUUGGCUGGAUGCACACUCAACCAAAUGAAUUGCCCCAGUUGUCACCUCAAGAUGUGACCUCUCAUGCAAGAAUACUUUCUGAAAAUGCUAGUUGGGAUGGUGAGAAGACCGUAAUCAUUACAUGCAGCUUUACUCCUGGGUCUGUCUCUCUAACCGCUUAUAAGCUAACACCGUCAGGAUAUGAAUGGGGUCGAUCGAACACCGAUCGUGGAAACAAUCCUAAGGGUUAUAUGCCAACGCACUACGAAAAGGUGCAGAUGUUAUUAUCCGACAGGUUUCUUGGCUACUUUAUGGUACCGAGCGGUGGUGUGUGGAACUACAAUUUCCAAGGUCAGCGAUGGGCGCAGUCCAUGAAAUAUGAUGUUUGCCUUGCGAACCCAAAGGAGUAUUAUCACGAAGAUCAUCGACCUGUACACUUCCACAAUUUCAAGACGUUCGAGGAUCCACUCGGUAUUGCAAUGGCUGAUCGUGAAGACAGUUUUACGUGA